AUGCUGCCGCUGCCGCUACAGCCUUGUCAGGCAAACGCUGCAGCUGCUGGAGGGCAGAGCAGCGACACAGAGCAGCUGCUGAGGGGCCUGCUGCUGGCAGCGUCUGAAGAGGUUGUGGGUGAGAGCAUCAGGAAACUGGCACCCAGCGAGCAGCAGCGGUUGCUGCACUACCUCCGGCCGCUGUUGCAACGGCUGCCGGCGGCUGCCUCGCAGCUCGAUAGCUUUGGCGAUGCGUACGCACCCCCACAGAUGGCCGACAAGCCCCGAGCAGGCGAUGCAGCUGUGCCGCUCUCAGCCGGGCUUCCCAGCGAGGGGCCUGCUCUGGCUGCUCAGGCGAACACCAGUGCAGCUCAGGCAGCGGCUCGGCUGAAGGGGCCGCUUGGGGAGCUGGUCAAGUGCAGCAUGGGCCGCUGCGGGCACUUCUACCACCGCAGCUGCGCGACGGCGUGCCCGCUGACCAAGUGGGGCGCGUCCGGCGGCGCCUUCCGGUGCCCGGCGCACUACUGCGCGCGAUGCGGCCUCAGCGGUGACUCAGUGGCCAUGCUGCAGUGCCGCAGUGGUCACCAACUCUUUGCAGAUCCGCUGUAG